UGUGAAAUUUUUUUCGUGAUGUCAACAGCUGCUAUAUGAAUUAUUUAAAUUAAAUAUCUAUGUUAGUACCACAAAUUUCAUUUUUCUUCACUUACAAGCAGCUGUCAUCUGCUGCAAAUAUCUUUUGAAAAUUAAAAACUCCUAUGCAACUACAUAUUUCCACUUUUGAUAGUUAACGAUAACUAAAAUAGAAUAGUGCCUAUCUACUACUGUUUAGUAAGAUGAUGAAUCUCUGGUCGCGAUCGAUAAACAGAACGGCGCAAGUGAGGGAGAUAUACUCCCCCCUGCAGAGCGUCAGGGGUAUGACGGCGUCGGGUGUAUCCUGGGGGGUGAUGUUUCAUUGAGAAUGUGUAGGCGGCCGCGUGGGCGACCUGGUUAUAAAGCAACGGGGCCCUCCCUCCAGCGUGUAGUCGUGUUCCGAUCGCGCCUAAACUAACAUCGAACUCUGAAAAAUACUCGAGCAACAUGCUUCUUACUAACUUAAGAUUGCUAACGUUAUUAAUUAGCUACUUGAUAGUACAAGUUAAGACAUACCCAAUGCAAGGAUGGCCUAUGUGGGGACAAGUACCUCGGGAGUACCCCGAUGAUGAAUAUUACUACGCUCCUAAGAUACAAUAUUACUACGAUGCCCCCGCUGUGAAUGUUCCUGAGAUGCACGACCAAGUCCAAUACCCCUAUUAUUACGACCCAAGUGCUCAAUAUUUACAAAACGAAGCACCUCAAAGGCAUGAAGAGCGUCUGGCUGCCUUACCUAUUGGUCAAGAAACUUGGUUCGAAAGCGAUGCUACACCCCGCUGGCAGUCAAGUGAAGUUGAUGAUGUCAGUGCAGCUUUCCUUGACAAUUUGAUACUCACGCAGAUGGCUCAAGACGCACAGAGGCGACGAGAGAACGCCCGCGCCGCUUUCCUGCCUGUCGAUUACGAAGAUAAAGACCUCGAAGAUGAAGAAGUAAGAGAACUGAAAGCGCUUGCCGGUAAACCACUGUAUCAUGAACCGAAAACUGGUUCCAGAUUCGAGGACGAUGAUUAUACCGCAGACGAUUCGUUUAUUAACUGGAACGGAAACAAGAGAAGUGUCACUACUGCAGCUCCAGUUUCCACAACGACGGAACCAAAGGUCGGUGACAAGGAAGUAAUGGUUCCGCGACCACCUCAAAAUCAUCAAGCGCACCAGAAUAAACAAAUCAAAAGGAAUAACUUCUAUGAGACUAUUGCGGAAUUAUUGGCGAACAAAUCAUUAAAUACCAAUACGAAGGAGUCCCUGAAGGAAAGAAGGAUUGAAAAACGUUUCGUGGCCGACGAUUCCGAUCUGGUGGUAGAACUACGGGGAUUAAAACAUCGCAUCGCAACAUAAGUCGGAAAAUUUACUUAUCGCCAAUAAUUAUGAGACUGAAUAUUAUGUAGAGACCUUCAAAAAACCGCCAGCAGCGAAAACGGAGAAACUGAACUACACAUCAUUGUAUUCUAUAUAGUUUACAAUCUAUGUAUCAUCAAUCUCAUUUGCGGUUUUACGUAGUUAUUUAUAAAUUGAAAAUAAAUGCUAAAUCUUUGACAAGUUUUGCCUAAAGGUUCGAUCGAUUUAUAAUUAUGUAACUAUUAUUAAUAGACUUGCUAAAGGCGAAGCUAAUUUUGAAAUGAAUUGGAAAUAAUCGUAGAAUAUGUGAUUAUAAUCCCCAUUUUAACGAUUCAUUGACUGUGGUAAAGUAGUUCUUACUAGAUAAUAUAAUAUUUAUUUAUUAUUUACUUAAACGGUUGUUCCCUUAACUGGCAGCUACAAAACUGCACCGUGCGUGCUUUGUAAAUAUAAUUUAAUAUAAGAUAUACUACUAUUAUUUAGAUAGAAAUCAAUGUAUCGUACAGUUUAAUGUCGUCUUAACAGUAGACAACUAAUUUACAUUUUCAUAGGCUUUACAAUCUCUGUUAAACUUAUCUUGAUAUUUUACAAAAUCUAUUGUCAAAACAGCGAUAUACUGUUUACGGAAUUACAUUUUUUGAAUUAUUUUUUUUGUGAUGAAAAAUAUGUAGUCUAUGCUGACAAUACAUACAAUACAAACAAUUUGCAAAGCAAAACAAAUAUUAUUGACGAAAUUUUAUGAAUUUAUCUGUAAGAUAUAAACGAAUCUCUCGCCAAAGAGAGGAUUAAGUGAUACUUUCAGCUUUACAGCUUCUUAUCUAACAUGUAUUUAAAUACGUACAAGGCCUAAGAGGCUAGUAACUUAAUUAUAGAGAUUGCGUCCUUUUCAUUUCCUUUAUGAAACCCCGUAAUAAUACAUUUUUACUUUAUGAUCAAACUUUAAUGUACUACAACUCCCAUAUACUUAUUGUAGGACUAACUAUUGGAAAUUACAUAUCUAUAUUGACUUAGCUACAACCUAAGAUCACAAUGUUAUAAUUACAUUAUUCAUUCAAAUUUGUUAUCAUAUUUCGACUUCCAAUAAUCCAUAUUAUAUAAAAUAUUAUUCCAAUAAUACAUUGUCUUAACCAUUAGCAUACUCCGUGGUUGAAUUACUUUGUUUACUGUAAAAACUGUUCUAUGGAUGUUAAAAGCAAAUUACAGUAGUAGUUAAUAAGCAAAGGUUAAUGUUGUGAUUCCCUAAGAUUAUACUCACCCGUUAAUGAAUACAGGUAGACAGUGACGUAGAAUUAAAUUAUUCUUCGUAGAAGGAUCGGUUAUGACUCCUGGCUGAUGUGCAAAUAUUGCUCAGAAAACAUUUCAACAAUAAAUAUGUGCACGAAGACGUACCUGCGAAACGUUGUGUGUGUUUAUUGUAGUUUUAGGAGAAACUCGUGUAUUUUUAAUAGAUAGGUAUUUUUUAAAAUUUUUGCCUACUCGUUACUGGGAUGUACUCAUAGAUGAUUGUCCGAAUCUUACCGUUAGUGAAUUACGAUAAAAUUGUAUCAAUGUACUUUAAUUAAAAUAAAAUUACAUCGGAAU